CAGUACAUGAUGGGUAUGCGAGUUUCAGAAUUACAAUGGUUAAAAAAACGGGAAGAUGGUCUUACGGGCAUGGAAUAUUUCCCUUUUAACGCCUCAGCACGACACCCGAGAAGUAUAACCGCCCGUGAACUGAACUGGGCGGGGCGUCGCCCUCAAUCAGUGCCAGUGUUCCGGGGAUUGUCUCCAUCAUCUCAUCUGACACACUACUCCAUUUCAAAAAUCAGUUGGCAAGAGCUCCAGCCCGUCUUAAAAGCUUCCCAUGCAGCAUAACGAAUUCAGGGUGCUAUAACUUGUCACGCAGAAGCCAGUCAUCUGUAGAGGGAAGACUAGGGUGAUUUCGAAUGCAUGCCAUGGAUAUGGGAAGCUGCUAUAUUGAUGAGAAGAAAGUGGGCGUGACGGUAGGAUGCUCGGCCUCGAAGCUGAGCUUGGAGUUCAGCAGCGAAGUGUACCAGAGGACGUACAAGAUAGAGGCAAGAAAUCUUUCCUACAGCAUAGCAGAGCCCAGCAAGAGCUGGUUUUGGAGCAGAGGGGAGGAGAGCAGCAGCAGCAGUAGCAGUAGCAGUAGCAGGAGUAUUUUAAACAAUGUAAAUUGCAAAGCAAAGCCAUGGGAGAUCCUGGCCAUUGCAGGGCCGAGCGGAGCAGGGAAAUCGACUCUGUUGCAGCUCCUAGCGGGCAGAACGAAGCCCCCCACAUCGGAAUCGGAGAGCAUAUUCAUCAACGACAUACCCGCGGAUGCGAAGCAGCUCAGAAGAAUCUCGGGGUACGUGACGCAGAAUGACGCUCUGUUUCCUUUUUUGACAGUGGAGGAGACUCUGAUGUUCAGCGCCAGGCUAAGGUUAUGCUCGAAGGAGGCGGACAAGAGGUCCAGAGUAGCGGCCCUGAUAAAGGACCUUGGCCUCAGUCACGUCAGGGGCUCGAGGAUCGGGAACGAGCGGGUGAGAGGAAUUUCGGGCGGGGAGAGGCGCCGGGUUUCAAUCGGCGUCGACGUUGUUCAUGACCCGCCGGUUUUGAUCCUGGACGAACCGACCUCCGGCCUGGACAGCUCCUCUGCUCUGCACAUCAUAAAGAUCUUGAAAUCCAUGGCGGAGCUCCACGGGAGGACCGUGAUUCUGAGCAUUCACCAGCCAGGGUUUCGAAUCCUGGAGCUUUUUGACUCCAUUCUUUUGCUCUCCCAUGGCUCGGCUAUCCACCAUGGAUCUCUACAGGCGCUUCAUUCCAACAUUCUGUCCGCAGGGUACCGGAUUCUGCCGCACGUUAACAUCCUCGAGUACGCCAUGGACGCCAUCGGGUCCCUGCAAUGGGAUAAGGAACAGCAGCACCAGGGGCGUGUAAAGGUAACCCUUUACGAUUUAUUUAGGAUUGUAAACCUAACGGAAGCCGGUGCCCUAAAUGUGUACGAUCCACCCCGAUUUGCGACCUCCAGAGGGCAUGAAAUCGUUGCGCUUUCGCACAGAUUUUUUCUGAAUGUUGUGCGAAGCAAGCAGCUGUUUGUAGCGAGGUCAGUUCAGGCGGCGGGCGCGGGGCUGUGUUUAGGGUCCAUAUUUUACAGAUGUGAAAGCGCGGAAGAACGACUGGGGCUCUUCGCCUUCAGCCUUACCUUCCUAAUGUCGUCUGCCAGCGAAGGGCUGCCGAUAUUUGUGCAGGAGCGGGAGAUUUUGAUGAGGGAAACCUACGGCGGGGCUUACAGGGUUUCCUCCUACGUCAGUGCCAAUGCUCUGGUUUUUUUGCCCUUCAUGUUAAUCAUGGCCUUGCUGUUUUCUCUUCCUGUUUAUUUCUUGGCUGGUCUGAAUGGCAGUGCCUCUGCGUUUUUCUACUUCGUUCUGGUGAUUUGGCUGGCCAUUUACGGGGCAAAUUCCCUGGUUGCAGUCCUGAGUGCCGUGGUGCCCAACUAUAUAAUGGGCACCACUCUCAUCACUGGUUUACUGGGCGCUUUCUUUCUCUUCUCCGGCUUCUUUUUGUCCAAGUCAGACAUGCCAAAGUACUGGAUGUUCAUGCAUUAUCUGAGCCUGUUCAAGUAUCCGCUGGAGGCGCUUCUGAUCAACGAGUAUUCGCAGGCAGACAAGUGCUUGGGUUAUGUGUGGGGAAAGUGCGUGAUGGAUGUGAAGGGUGUGAUGAAAGAUCAGGGACUCCAACAGAGCAACAAGUGGUCCAAUUUGGUAGUUCUGCUCGGAUUUAUCUCUCUCUAUCGCUUCCUCUCCUUCCUAGCGCUCAGGUUCAGGUGCUCCCAUAGGACCCUCUUUUAAACAACUAUCAGAGUCUUUAGGUUGACUACUCUUUUCAAACUCUUGCAAAACAAAGCAAUUACCUUCCAAAAGAUUUUGGAAAAUGAAAACAAAUCUAUGUAUCUCAAGUUUAGCUUAUUUUCUUUUCGUCAUAUAUUUGAUAUAUGAUUGUGAUCGAGUUGUUUAUACUCUAAUAACACAUAAUAAUAAAAUUGGAUUGUCAA